UGGCAGGUGUCUCACCUGUACUGAAAGACUAAAAGGUGCCAGGAAGGUUUGAGACAUCAGAAAACUUAGAAGGAGUGCUAGGGCAAACUAAGAUAACAGAAAAAGAAUUUGUUGCGUAAAAUUCCAGGUGCUGUAACAGAUGGACUGAUCAGGAUACCUUCAUGAAAGGAACUUGUCUACACAUUAUCAAACAUUAAUCACUAUUAUUUUAGGGUUCCAGAGGUGUCUGUCAGACAUUUUUAGCAGCUCUCACAUGCUUUAAUAUUACUGUAUUUGAGAUUGAGAUUUGAGAUUUACCUCUUACUGUAAAUAAUGCGGUACUUAACACGUGGCUGGCUGCUACGAUUUUUGCAGUUCAGCACUGUACUGGGAUCACUAUUGAUUCUUUCCCGAUUUAGUCAACUGAAAACAGGCAGACGUCCUGGCUACAUCCGCAAGUAUCAAUGGCUAGAGUACACUGACGAUGAUGAGCUCCCAGAGAAAGUUUGCAACUGCUCAGCAAUCCUGAAGGGAGAGAAGGAAGAAUUGCAGAAAGCCAAACUACUGACCAUCACCAAAGACUUCCAGAAGAAUAUUCAUAUUCCUGAUGAGUAUUAUAUCCAUGCAGCCCAAGACUGCAGGAAAUUCAAAUUAACCAGGAAAUACAUAACAUUCCCAUUAAGCAAGGAAGAAGAGGAGUUUCCUUUGGCUUACUCUAUGGUUGUACAUCACAAGGUUCACAGCUUUGAGCGACUACUGCGAGCUAUCUACGCACCUCAAAAUAUUUAUUGUGUCCAUGUGGACAAAAAAGCACCGGCCUCAGUCUUUGCUGCCAUCAACGCCAUUACUUCCUGUUUCCCAAAUGUGUUCAUGGUCAGCAAGGCUGUGAAUGUGGUCUAUGCUGGCUGGACACGUGUACAGGCUGAUCUUAACUGUAUGGCUGAUCUCUAUAACACCAAUACACCAUGGAAAUACUUCAUCAACCUCUGUGGUCAGGAUUUCCCUCUAAAAACUAACUUGGAAAUUGUGCAAGCUUUGCGUUCACUAAAAGGAGGUAACAGUUUGGAGUCGGAGGAAAUGCCUCAAGAAAAGAAGAAACGAGUAACUAAUGCUUACGAAGUAGUUGAUGGAAAAAUCCAGCGAACAGGAAAAACAAAGGAUCCCGCUCCCUUCAAUCUGCCCAUACUAUCAGGAAAUGCCUACAUUGUGGUCAACCGAGGUUACGUUCGCAGUGUUUUGGAAGACAAGCGAAUACAGGCCCUCAUUGAGUGGGCCAAAGACACCUACAGUCCUGAUGAGUUUCUGUGGGCAACAAUACAGCGAAUACCUGGUGUUCCUGGCUCAACAUGGCCCAACCGUAAAUUUGACAUGACAGACAUCAAUGCAAUUGCACGGAUGGUGAAGUGGCAGGGGCACGAGGGGUCAGAGGGUUCUCUGCAAGCAGUAUACCCAGAAUGUAAAGGCCACCAUGUCAGAUCAAUAUGUGUGUAUGGUGCUGGAGACCUGCAGUGGUUGAUUGAACAGCAUCACCUUUUUGCUAAUAAGUUUGAUGCAGACAGAGAUCCCAUUGCUAUCUACUGCUUGGAGAAAUAUCUGAGACACAGGGCACUGAUAGAGUUAGUUUAGGUGGAGAGUUAAUUAGCUAUUAUAAAAGACAAUUCUAAUAACUGAUAGUCAAAACCUGACGAAAUGGAAUUCUAAAAAUAUUUUUCCCAGUUGAGUAAAAAUCU